CGGAGACACGCGGGCGGCUGCUGCCGGCGGAGAGGGGGCGGGGGCAGCGCGAGCCUCACGCUCUCGGCGGCUCGCGAGACGCUGGUGCAGACGGGACGUUCUGCUGCUACUUUGUAUCCCUUUGCGGCGGUGAAUGUUCCAUUCCCCGAACCCUGCGACAGGUUCUGCUCCCCGCGUCCUUCCCAGAGCGAGACAGCCAAGGGCACGCGGGCCUUGCAGCAGCCCAGCCUUCCAGCGCCUCGGAGCCGGGGGGGGAGCGAGGGGAGCCGGCUGCCUUCACCUGGUGACCUGCCACGGAGCUGCUGGAGCAUCAGAAGUACUUGCAUCUGCUUGGGUCCUUUUAUCAUGACCUGUGAUCACAUGGCAAUUCAAAGAACACUUCCCCAAGAGACCCAGGAGGCAGGAGCACUGCCUUUGUGAAGUGAUUGGAUCACUCCCAGACGACCAGAACUCUUUUAAAAUAUUUUGGGUGGAUAAGAUGUGCCAUGGAAUGGUAGCACCAAAGAGCAACACAGCUUCACCACUUGCCUUGACUGGUCAUGGAUUAUUUCUUCCGUUAAUUAUCUUCAGUUCUUUCAUCUUGGAGGGACUGACCUCAGUUUGCCCCCGUCCGCCGGAGCCUGAGAAUGGAGGCUACAAAUGCCAUCCAACUCCUUGCAGUGACCCUCUGACAUCUGACAGCGUCAUAGAGUAUGUAUGUGAUGAAGGCUACAUGCUAAAGGGAGAUUACAAAUACUUGACGUGCAAAAAUGGAGAAUGGAAUCCAGCCAUGGAAAUUAGCUGUAGGCUAAGCCAAGAUAAAGAUUCGCCCCCGACAAUCGGGGUGCCCACCCUCUCCAUAGUGGCCUCCACAGCAAGUUCAGUAGCUCUGAUCCUUCUCUUAGUUGUACUGUUUGUUUUGCUGCAGCCAAAGCUGAAGUCUUUUCAUCACAGCAGACGUGAUCAAGGUGUAUCUGGGGAUCAGGUCUCCAUGAUGGUGGAUGGUGUCCAGGUGGCCUUGCCAUCCUAUGAAGAAGCAGUCUAUGGCAGUGCAGGCAACUGCAUUCCACCCUCAGAUUCACGGGUACAGAUUGUGCUGUCAGAGGGAGCUGGGCAGAGUGGAACAAGUGAGAUGCAGCAGCAGGACCAAGGGGCUCGGGACUGCUUUGUUGGAGAGGACGAGGCCCCAGGACGCUCUGGACUGUGUGAAGCCAGUGGCUCUCAACGCUCUGAAACUGUUCUUGUACACCAGGCCACCACCUCUUCCUGGGUAGCUGGCAUGGCAAGCAGUAGACCUGUGCACAAAGAUGCUCAAGACUCAGAAAGCAGUGACAUACAAAGCCUUUUAUCACUUACUUCUUCGGAGGAAUACACAGACGAUAUUCCAUUGUUGAAGGAAGCAUGAAGCCUACUGCACUUGUUUAGCCUUCUCCCUCUUGGUUUCCCCUCUUCUUCCUUGGGAUGCAAGCAUUUUGUGCAGCCUUCCUCACCUUCAUGAGCCGGGCCCUGGACACUUCCAAGCAGAGACCCUUCAGCAGAAGAUCCAAAGGAUUUUGCCAGGUUGUCUCCUCGAUGUGCCAUUCGGGUUGGUGCGGUGUCGGCCUUCCCAUUCCAUCUGCAUUAGGGGCUUGAGUAAUGUAAUGGAUUUGAGCUCCUCCCUCCUCUUCCCUCCCCGUGCCAGAUGUUUCACUGCAGCCUCUGGAGAGCUGCUAUUUACUUGUGCCUUUCUCCUUCUCACACCGGCUUGUUGCAGCUUCUCACAGGACUCGCUCGCUCUUCAGCAGCCCAGAGAGCAGGGACCAAGAACUGCUUGCUCAUUGGGUGCAGACAUAGUUUAUAUAAAGACCUUUCUUCCAGUAUCCUCUUGAUGACUAGGGCAGGACAGAACUCUCCAAGAGAGCUAAAUCUGGGCUUGGGAGAAGUCCCAAUAUGGGUAAUUUACACUAUCCAGCAGUGCUCAUAGUUUUUAAAAAUAAAGUGGUAUGUUCUGUAACUUAGAUGCAUAUUAACAAUUAGGCAUCACUGACUAUUGUAAAGGCAGAGAAGUCUGACAUCUUUUACAAGAUUUUUUUUCUUCCUCCCUUUCAUGCCUUCUUUGUUAUCCCCAUAUCUUCCCCACUAAAUACACCCUUGAUGUCACAGAGUAACAGUCUCUCUGCAAGAUUCCAUUCCAAAAAAUUCCACCGUCUCGUUCUUUCAUCGACCUCACAAUCCACUCGGUUUUUGUUUCCUGAAGUCUAGGGCUGUGUCUACUCUGAGAAAUGUCACCAGUUCCUUCCAGUGCUGGUCUAGCACAGGGGCAGCGGCUGGUGCUAAACUCAAGGAGAAUUUCUGCAACAGGCUAGUUGUAGACAAGACCUAGAAGCAAAAAAACAAUACAGUACAACCCUGAUUAUCUGAUCUCUAGUUAACCAAGCCUGUGUUUAACUGCAGGUUCGUCCUGUUCUGCUGACACACUGUGCCAUGAUCAUGGUCCAGUUUAUCCAAAGGCCUAUUCUUUUGCAGUUGUCGGGUUUCUGACACUUCUUUAAAAUAUCAGUUUUCCUGCAUAACUGCUUGGGUUUGCCUGCCACCAACAACUUUUAACUUGACAUGACUGUAAAAAUGGAAGAGUCAUUUAGAAACAUUGUCCCUUACUCCCUCAAUUUUCCAGGAAACUUAAGGGCUUUUUAAUGUGUUCUCUGGAUUCAUUGGCCCUUUUUUAUGUUUACAGUUUUGUCCGCAGAAAUAUUGUCAGCUAAUGCUGGGGUUUGUGGUUAACAUCCCCGAUUACCUGGCAGGAGAUACCAUAACGCAGGGUACUCAAAUACAGCAUUACACUUUCUAAAUGGUUGCAGCAUGUCUUCAUAACCUUAAAUGGAAGGGGUUGUACUGCUGUUUUAUCCUAAUGGGACCUCUCUGUGCAUUUAGAGCUGCUCCCACAUGUGGGCCUCUUCUUCACAGGGAGGGUAACAGUAUGUUUGCUAAAAUCCCUUCUGAAGAGUGGAGUUGACACAGUUUGGUUGCAUGGCCAUUAUGGAGACGACAGAGCAGUUUUUAAACAGUUACCUGGAGCAGGACCCUCCCUAAUCCAGAGCAUGAGUUUUAAUGACUCUCUUGACAGAACUGUCAGGUUGUCAACCAGCAGUUGCCUCAAAAGGAAGCGGUAAAUUUUGUAUUUGAAAUGGAGGGAACAAUGAGAUGUGGCUUUGCUCAGCAAGUUGUGACAUCUGGGUGAAUACUUCAGCCCCCCCUUCCUCUCCCCUUUAUAAUUGUACUCCCUACCCAGAGCAGUGAUUAUAUCAGAAUACUUAGUGUUAUAUAACAUUUUAAAAUGGAUUAUUGCUGCAGUAACUGAGGUUAGGCUCCAGCUGCAGUGGGCAGGGAUUGGC